UGAAAGAAGCUGGAAGAGACUUUACCUAUUUUAUUGUGGUGCUUGUUGGAAUUGGUGUUACAGGUGGUUUGUUCUAUGUGAUUUUUAAAGAGCUAUUCUCUCCUUCUAGUCCAAAUAAGAUCUAUGGAGAUACCUUGGAGAAAUGCAGAUCUCACCCUGAGAUAAUUGGUGUUUUUGGUGACUCUAUUAAAGGUUAUGGGGAGACAACAAGAAGAGGAAGACGACAGCUUGUCAGGCACAUUGAAUUCAUAAGGGAUGGAGUGAAACACAUGCGUUUGAAGUUCUAUAUUGAGGGCACUGAAUCAGGGAAACAGGGAACAGUCCAUGUGGAAGUCAAAGAGAAUCGUGAAGCAAGAAGAUUUGAGGUCUGCUACAUAUUUGUGGAUGUUGACACCUAUCCGAGAAGAACCAUUGUCAUAGAAGACAACAGAUAG